AUGGUAUUUUGUAUGAAUUAUGCAUAUACUAUCAUUACAGUAAUAUACACGGUUGUCACCUUACCAAAUGUUUGUGGAGAAAUUGGUGUGAAUUGUGGAUCUGGUGCUGUUGUUGGACAACCAUACAAUUUACAAUGUACUAAUAUACCAGAUACUCUUACCAAUGGUGUUAAUGUAUUUCUGGGUGAUACAAGCAAUAGUAUAAUAUUUUGUCUGCCCACUUCACCUAAAGAUUGUGAUUCACGGAACAGUUUAUUAUACAGUGUUCAAUCACCACACAAUAAAUCAUUAUAUUUUACUAUACUGAAUGUAACAACAGAUGAUAUUGAACCGUCUCCUACCACUACAGGACCCUCUCCUACCACUACGCGCAACAGGUUACCACCUUACGAAGAAGAAUUCGCACCAGUUGAUAAUUGUCAUUGGUCUCCAGAAAGAGCAAGUAUUUAUUUGUUUUGGAUGCACCAGCUUCAACCAUCGAGUCAAUAUACUUUAAGAGGAGUUCCUGAAAGUUAUGCAGUGUUAGGUGAAAAUUAUACAUUACAAUGUGAUGUUACAGAUUCACCUAGUCUUGUAGAGUUCCGUAGAAACAAUGUUGCUGUAUGUAAUAUGAUAAACUGUGGGAGUAGUUCAACAGAUAAUAGAUAUAAAUGUCGAUGUAUAAAUAAUAACAACAAACAACUAUAUCUCAAUAUAAGUAAUAUAAAUAAACAAGAUGAUACAACAUGGUCUUGUAGGGGUAAUUCUGGUGGACAAGGAUCAACUACUGUAUCAGUUUAUUAUGGUCCACAGAAUACAAGGUUUAACCCUACUAAUGGUAAUAUAGAUGUUAUAGAAGGAAAGAGUCAGAGUGUCAACUGUUUAGCUGAUUGUAAACCAGAUUGUAACAUAAACUGGUCUAAAGAUGGUUCAACAACAAUUCUAAAUAACCCUUUAUCACUUAGUACUAGAGAUCAAACUGGUUCUUAUAACUGUACAGUUACACAUACUGUAUUAAAUAAACAACUUACAAAACAUCUUAUUGUUCAGAUUUAUUAUGGUCCUGAUAGACUUACUUUCUUACCAGAUGUAACAAGUAUUAAUAUAAUAGAAGGUAGAGAUCAAACUAUAACAUGUUUAACUGAUUGUUAUAAAUGUAAUUAUAAAUGGACUGGGCCAGUUUCAUCAUCAAGUAAAGAUCUUGUAUUGACUGAAAUAAAAAGAAAUCAGGAAGGAAACUAUAGAUGUGAAGCUACAAAUAUUAAAAAUACCAUCUCUAAAACAAGAUCUAAAUCUAUACAAGUUAAUGUACAUUGUUCACCAAGAAUUAAUGGUGAUUUAAAAGAUGUUGUAAUAAGUAGAACAGGUGAAGAAGUAACAUUAAUUAUUGAUGUUAUAGCAUAUCCUAAACCUAGUUUUAAAUGGAUACAAGAAUCAACAGGACAAGAAUUAACACCAGAUACAACUCAACAAGAAGCUACCAAUAAUUAUAUUUCAAGUUUAACAUUCACAAUACAACAAUCAUCAUUUGAUAACUACAUUGUAACUGUUAAUAAUAGUAUAGGUGAUGAUAAAAGUUACACUAUAAAGAUUAUUGAUGGAGCUUCUGGAGAUAAAACUUUAAACUUGCAACAAGUUGAUACCACUCCCUCGACACCAGUUGCCAAAGAAAUGGAAACUAAAACAUGUUGCAACAACAGGCAGGAUAGACUCUUCGAUUUGAAUGCUAGAGUACAAGAACUGACAAUUAAAAAAUUACUAUUAGAAAUUGAGAUCCUGGAAAUAAAAAAGCAAAAACUAUUAAAGAAUGAAUGCUAAUUUAAAUAUUAUCUCAGACAUAUUGCACAGGCACAUCUGACUUUUAUGAUGGUAUCUAAUUAAAAUACAGCUCUGUCAUGCUUAUUCUCUACAUUUAACCAAUGUUGAUUCGAUGAAAAACCGAUAGUUUUAAAUAAUCAAAAACAUCGUAAGCAAAAAUUGCUGACUACUAAACAAAACAGUUAGUACAUUGAACUGUAUGUGCAAACCAAUUUAGUAUUUAUCUCUGCAAUUUAUGUCGGAUGAUAGAUUACCAAAUCUAUGUUAUAGAUUUUUGUAUGAUUUGAUUCAGUGGGAAGCACAAUCUGUCGGCGAUAUUAGACAGUUUAUGCUCCAAUUCAAGAAUCGGCUAAAAGAUAUAAACCCCAAAUCAUGGCGUUCUAUCAUUUAAUAAACGAAUCUAGUAAAUUUAUUUGAUUAUUCUUUGAUUAAAACACAAUUUAAAUGUGAAAAUAUUAUAUACAUGUAUGUAUUGUCUCAUAAAUUGGAAUUUUAUCCGACAAAUCUACGUUACUCAACUCAUAGACUUAGAAUUGAACAAGGUCGCCGAGAGGGUGUUUCUAGAGAAGUGUAACACCACAAAGUAAAUAGUAAAUUUCAUUCUAACUUGUUCCAUAUUAUAUAUAAAUGACAUUAGUAUAACAACAGAGUCAGUUUCUUGCGACAUAUUAUUGAAAAAAACCAUCAUUGUCGAAACUUCUCAUUUUUUUCAAUCAAAUUCUCAAUCAACAUUAAUCUUGCAUGUUAUAUUAUAAAAGCGAAUGAAAUUCGUCAUGAAAAUAAUGUUUUUGCCCUAAUUAAUAUGUAGUUUUUAUGUAAGAGUUAGUUUCUAUUAAUUCAUUUAUUGUACAUAGAUUAAUUUUAUAAUUAUUUCAUAUAAUUUACUCAUAGUCCAUAGAUAAAGGCCUGUAUACACCAAAUAAUAUUAAGCUUAAUUUAAUUUUAUUUUGCCCGAAUAUCAUUAACUUUUAAUUCAAGUUUAUAUUUCGUAGGCACCACAUAGAAUUAUCUUACAUAUAUUCUAAAAAUUGGCUAAUUUAAUGCAAAACUUACUCUGGACCAACUUUAACUUUUAAUUCUGUUUGUAAAUUAGAAGAAGUUCCCUUCGUCGCUCUUAAAGGAUACAAAAUAAUUCACACUUAUAUAUAUAUAUUUUAUUGCAACUAUAUUUUUUGAUAGUUUUUUUUUUUCUUUCUUAUGUAUAUUUGUGUACAAUAGGCAUAGCCUUUAAGUAUUGAAUAAAAUGUACUGUAUUAUA